CCUAUAAAUCCACGCCUUCUCCCUUGCUUUCAACUCGCCAAAAACUAGCGACUUCCCUUUUCCUCUGGUAGUUUUACCCUUUGACCGGCAAUGGUUCGCAAGAAGGUGCCCCUCCGGUACAUCGGCGAGGACUCCAUCCGUCGCCGUACCUACGAGACGCGCCGCAACUACCUGAUGAAGAAGGUGGGCGAGUUGGGCAUCCUGUGCAACACCAAGGCCUGCGUGCUGGUGUAUGACGAGGGCGCGUCGGAGCCGGAUGUUUACCCGUCCCAUGCUGAGGCGGUGGCUAUGUUGAAUCGAUACAAGGCCAUGCCGAACAUGCCGCAGUUCAAGAAGACGACGAGCCAGGAGGAGUUCCUCACCAAGUGCCUCGCCAAGCUCCAGCAUCAGGCCAACAAGCUCCAGAGCGAGCGUGAGGACCGCAACAUCAGGGCCCUCCUGCACAAGGCCAUGCUCGGUGGCAACCUCAGCGCCGAGGAGGUCGCCAGGGUUGGUUGUAAGCCGGGGGAGAUCCACAAGAGCCUCGUCGAGCGCAUCGCUAAAAGCAACUCGCAGCCGCCGGUCUUCCAGUCCCAAGCGCCAUACAUCACCGGCAGCGCCGACAUGGGGCCUCCGCCGAUGUAUCAAGCGCCGCCGCAGCAGCAGGCGGGCGGGCAGCCACCGGUCUUCCAGCCCCAGGAGCCAUACGUCGCCGGCAGCGCCGACAUGGGGCCUCCACUGAUGUAUCAAGCGCCGCCGCCGCAGCAGGCGGGCGGGCAGCAACCGGUCUUCCAGCCCCAGGCGCCAUACGCCGCUGGCAGCGCCGACAUGGGGCCUCCGCCGAUGUAUCAAGCGCCGCCGCAGCAGCAGGCCGGCGGGCAGCCACCGGCCUUCCAGCCCCAGGCGCCAUACGUCACCGGCAGCGUCGACAUGGGGCAUCCGCCGAUGUAUCAGGUGCCGCUACAGCAGCAGGAGGGCUGGCAGCCACCGGUCUUCCAGCGCCAGGCACCAAACGCCACCGCCAGCGUCGACAUGGGGCCUCCGCCGAUGUAUCAAGCGCCGCCGCAGCAGCAGGAGAGCUGGCAGCCAUCGGUCUUCCAGCUCCAGGUGCCAAACGUCACCAACAACGUCGACAUGGGGCCUCCGCCGAUGUAUCAGGUGCCGCCGCAACAGCAGGAGGGCUUGCAGCCACCGGUCCUCCAGCCCCAGGUACCAAACAUCACCGGCAACAUCGGCAUGGGUCAUCCGCCGAUGUAUCAGGCGCCGCCGCAACAGGAGGAGGGUUGGCAGCCACAAGUCUUCCAGCCCCAGGUGCCAUACGUCACCGGCAGUGUCGACAUGGGGCCUCCGCCGAUGUAUCAGGCGGUGCCGCAACAGCAGGAAGGCUGGCAGCCACCGGUCUUCCAGUUCCAGGUGCCAUAUGUUACCGACAGCGUCGACGUGGGCCCUCCACCGAUGUAUCAGGCGCCACCGCAGCAGCAGGAGGGCUGGCGUGACAGGGUGAGGUCCGAGGGGGGCCACGGCGCCCUAGCCUAUAAUGGAAAUGGCUACAAUACUGGUGGCCACGACGGCGCCGGCACCAGCUCAAGCGCAAACUUCGUCGAUGAUGAUAUGUUAACGUUGCAGUUCUGGGACGAUAUGGAGUUCGGGUUGUAG